GUAAAACAAAAACAAAACAAACUUCACUAUGCCACGUCCGUUGAAAGAAAGUUAUGGUGAUCAGAAACCACCAUUCUCAUAUAUAUCUUUGACAGCAAUGGCUAUUUGGAGUUCACCACAGAAAAUGCUACCACUCAGUGAAAUCUAUCGCUACAUAAUGGAAAAAUUCCCGUAUUACCGUAAAAAUACACAAAAGUGGCAGAAUUCAUUGAGACACAACCUGAGCUUCAACGAUUGCUUCAUAAAAAUACCACGCAACACCAACAAAUUGGGCAAAGGUUCAUACUGGACGCUGCACCCAAAAGCCUUCGGCAUGUUCGAGAAUGGCAGUUUGCUUCGCCGUCGGAAACGGUUUCGGGUAAAGAAAUUGGAAAAAGACAUUUUAAAUGGUGAAAUUGCAGCGCUAGCCAGCUUCAACAGAUACUUUAUGGCACAGCAACAAAAUGAAAUACAUCAUAGCAGUUGGGAUUUGGCACCUAAUAAUGUCUAUUCUACAAUGAGCCCACAUAUGUGUGUACUACCUGUCAGCCCGUCGCCAGAAUAUGCACAAAGCUCCAGCCCUUCUUCGCACUCAUCAGAAGCUUCAAUCGAAGUUGAAAAGUUAGUCCCCAGCACACACCUAAGCAGUACUACAUUUAAUUCAAGUUCGAGGCCAAAGCGUUCAUUCACAAUCGAAAGCUUAAUCGGUCCUGAUCAUGCAGAAGUGACUGAAGUAAGCAAACCGAGUAUCAGUGAGUUAAGAAGACCCGAUAUUGCAAUGAAUCUGCAUAAUGCAUCCACAUUUGGUAUACAUAAUUUUUCAACCGUCAACCUACAACACAUUUUACCUACCCAAUACUCCUUGCAACAACAACAACACCAACUCGCAUACGUCCAACAUCACCACCAACAGCAUAUGGCGGCCCACUAUCAGAUGCAAACCGCUUCAGCGGCCACAGCAGCAAUUUUAAGCGAGCAACAAAAACACCAGCAACACCAACAACUGCAGCAACAUCAACAGCAUUUCAUCAACACCUACUUGGGACCACUACCAGUUUUCUAAUCCACGCAAAGUGUGUUCCGAUCCCGUAGACGUGAAAGC